GACAGCCCCUUUGCCCUAACUUUGGUGGCGGUUCGAUCCCUCCUUUUGCCCUAGCUUUGGUGGCGACGCAGAAGCUGCGAUCCGAGGCCGGAGGACGUCGGUUAGGGCGAUUUCAGUCCAGGUGUAUAGUAGAUGUGUUUGAGAGACACUCAACGUCUUUGUUGACCUCUGUUUGGUGAGUAGAGGUGAUAUCUAUCGUCAAAGGAAUCUCACACAAUCUCUUUUAAUAAAUAUGAACAUCUUUAGACGGGGGGGACGUAAACGAAGUUCACAUGGCCAUGCAGCACCUAGCAGUGCACCUACGCCUAUCCCUGAUCAGCCUGUACGACUAUCAAAUUCACCUUCGCCAGUACAGCCAGGACCAUCACAUCUCUCUACGCCAGUUCAAGCAGGACCAUCACAUUCCCCUUCGCGAGUACAUGCAGGACCUUCACAUUCGCCGUCGCCAAUACAUGCAGGACCAUCACAUUCUCCUUCGCCAGUACCUUCACCGCAAAAUUUGGCAGAUCCGGUUCCUACCAGAUACUCAUUUUCUGAGACCCAAGAUGUUCGAAUAUUUAUUGUCCCCUCCGGAGAUUCGUUCGAAAAUUCGGUACGUGUUGUUCACGAAAUUAAUCAAAUCGUGAAUAAUCAUUGGAUGGGGGAUUCUAUGUCUUAUUCAAGCACUCCAUCAUCAAUGAAAGAGUUAUGGUGGAGCGAGUUUAAGCGGAUAUAUAAUUGGGACCUUGCAUAUGAAUUCGAAAUUAAGAAGAACUUCAAGAAAAAAUGUGGCGAUCACAUUCGUCAUACUCUUAGUCAUGCUAAACAAAGGGGUAAAAAGCCACUUUGUAUCACAGAGGAUAAUUGGACUAAGAUCAACAAUUUUUGGUCUACCAACGAAAGCAAACAACGAAGUCAACAGAAUAAAUUAAAUCAAUCUUAUAAUUCUGGAGACUUCUCUGCUACAUAUGCGGGAGGUUCAAUUAAUAUCGAUGAGCAUCGACGCAGAAUGACCAAAGAUAUGGGGAAAGAACCUUCAUUCAUUGAAACUUUCACCAAAACUUUUACAAAAAAGGAUAAGUCUUGGAGUGGGGCUAGAGCAAAAGCAAUAAAGGACAAAUACGAUGAACUCGAGAUAGCACAUAGAAGUUCAUGUGCUAGUGAGGAAACUGAGUCAUCUGUUGGUAAUAAUUUGGAUUUGUGGUUGGAGGCUAGUGGAGGACAGAAAGGGGGAAGGAUAUUGGGAAUGGGUUCUUUAAGCAAAAAUCAUAGAGUUUCCCGUAAAUCCUUUUCCACCCCAACAGCAGUCACGACUCAGAUCAAUUCCUUGACUGAAGAGGUUUCACAUUUAAAGGGCAUAAUAUUAGAAAGAGAUGAAGAAAGAAGAGUUAGAGAUGCAGAAAUGAGAGCUCUCCGUCAACAACAAAAUUUAAUUAUGAAACAUCUUCAGUUAAGUUCCGCUCCUUCCGAUUUUGGUGACGAUGGCGACGAUGGUGGCGAUGGUGACGACGGUGGCGAUGGAUCUUCUUGUAUGAAUUUUAUUUAUCUCAUAAUUAGCAUUUUGGAAUGUUAGUUAUUCUAGUGUAGAUGUUUAUUUUUUUGUUAAUAAUACUAAUUUUUUUUUAAACAGGAUUGGUCAGACACAAUGAAAAUCAAUGUUGGAGUAACUAAAAAAUUAUUUUUUUGUUCAUAUAUAUUAAUUUCUUUAUUGUAAUUAUUGAUAUUGUUUAUAUUAUGCAGGAAGAAGAUGAAGAAGAUAGAGAAGAUUUAGUCAUAUUUCGGAUUUUGUUGAAAUAUGGAUGGAUUAGAACUUAUGAUGUUUGGAUUGUAUGGAUAUUAGAUCUUUUGUGAUGUUUAUAUUUUGAUGUAUUAUAUGUUUGGCUUGCAAGGAUAUUAGAUCAUGUUUGUAUUUUGAUGUAUCAUAUGUUUGGAUUGUAAGUAUAUUAGAUGAUGUUUGCAUUUUAAUUUAUGGAAUGCUUGGAUUUUUUGUGA